GCAGAAUUUACACGGUGAAAGGUUACAGGAAGACAUUAAGUUCACAGUCAUUUUUAGCACUUUGGGAUCCGCCGAAUUACACAAGAUUAGAGAUUUCGCCCCUUAGAACACUUCUGCGCAUUGAAAAACGCAAGGAUUGGUGAAAUUUAUGAUAGUGACGUCACAUCCUAAAUUUAGAGCCAAUAUGGCUGCCACUCGUAAGCUGGAUUUGCCAAGCUCGGAACACCUUCCAUAAGUUAUCGUCCAAUCUGUCGACGUCAGGUCGAUCUAGAAGCAACCAUCAUCAACUUGGUCUAGAAGUAGCCAGUCAGUUGAAGAAGAUAAUGCUAUGGCGUUUGGGAGGGGCUUAGAGAGACAAAACUCUGCCACCUUUACAGGGCUAAGUGCUGCAUUGGAUGGAAUAGAGAUCAAAGUUGGAGAGAGUUUCAAGCCACCCAGAAGGGUAACCCUACCUAUCAGCUAUCACCACAAGAAUCCGUCAGAAGCACUCUCACUUGAGUAUGACUUCCGACACGAGAACAGCGUUCUGGAGAUGGCCAAGAAGCGGAGGGAGUACCAGCAGGCUAUGGAAGCGCAGCGAAGGGCAGAAAACGAGGCUUCUUCCUCGUGUCCAUCGCCACCAGCGAACGAUGCCACAGACACUAACAGCAGUCCCCCGGGGGAGACGACAACGGCCUCCCUCCCCAGGCCCCCCACGAACCCCGCCCUAGCCAGCUACGACCCCUCCAGCAUCCUCCAGCCGCAGCCUGCUGCGCCGAAAACACAGGAUAGCCAGGAGGGGAAACCGAAGGCGCCGGCGGCAAGCUUCAAAAUCACGGACUUUGAGGGCGAGUCGAGCCCGUUUGACGACAUGGAACUCAAGACGAUAAACGUGAUGGAGGAGCUGAAGACUGUUCUGUUGGACUCGACCGUCUGCUCGGACGGCGAGGAGCAACGUCCGGCGGACUCGAAUGGAGCGGCGCCCUCCGCCGCCGACCAGGAGAGGGUCGAGGUCACGGUCACGAGGAAACAUGGCAGCAGGGUCGCGUUCAAAGCCAGGUCGGAGAGCGGCGGUGGCGGGAAAGCUGCGGACAGUAACGGUAUCCCCAACGGGGUGAUACCCAGCGCGGCCGCCACCUCCAAACUCGUGGCGGCCAACAACCCCUUCCUAAAAAACAGCCCGCUCCCGCCAAUACCAACGGCUUCGCCUGAGCUGGAUGCCAGCAGUCCCCCUGGCCUGCCGUACCCCACCACGCACUCUGACACAGGGGGACUGCUGGUGGAUGUCCCAAACACGGGGAGUAAACCGGUUGAUAUAGGUCCAGGCUACAUGAGACAUGCACUUCCGGAGGGUGCAUCCAAUGGCCCCCUCCCCACAGGACCUAGCUCCCUCCCCACGGCAGUAGCCAACCCCCUGUAUGAACAGGUGAUCCCCCUCAGCCCCCCCUCCAGCACAUCUGCCAGCCCCGCCCUGGAGGAGGACAGGACCCUGCCGUCAGACUCGGCCGCGCGCAGCGGUCAGAACUCACCGAGGGGUCACCCGCUUCCUCCGCUGCCCCCGCGGUCAAGUCCAUCUUCAAAUCAGGUUCUAGCCUCUGGUACGACUCAGGUACUUGACUCUGGAGUUGAGGUGGACAGUUUUGGUUUGCCCCUUAACCCGUUCCCAGCCCUGCCCCCCCCCACCUCGAGUGCGGCAGACGUCCGUGAGCCGGAGUGUUUGAGAAGUCUGGACGUGUCGGGGAAGCGGUUUGUCAGCAGCAUUACAGGCAUGGGCUUCCCUCUGGAGAGAGUGGCCUGGGCUGUGCAGACAUUCGGACAGGAUGACAAGAAGGUCAUAGACAGACUGUGUUUGCUGGACAGACUGUGUCAACGUGGUUUUCCCGAGUCCAGAGUAGAAGAAGCUCUAGACUUCCACAGUGGCUCAGAGGCAGAGGUUGGCAGCUACCUGUCGCUGCUGCUGAAGUUUGAGGAGAUGGGAUUCCCACAGGACAAGAUCAAGGAGGCUCUGAUAGUCAGCAGUAACGACGAACACAAGGCUCUAGACAUGCUCAUGACGUGAGCACUGCUGUACCGUAAACCCCUGGAGAGCCCCAAAUCUCACACAGGAUCAGUCGUGGCCUAUAGGCAGCACGUCGGCAGAUUGUAUUGCACCCGCGUGAAACCCGUAAUGUAUUGUGCGUAGCACUUCGGCAGGACGAGUCAUAUACA